AUGUCGGGUUCCAAGUAUAAGCCUGCGCCCCUGGCCACUCUCCCCAGCACCCUCGACCCCGCAGAGUAUGACGUGUCUCCGGAGACCCCAAAAAGCGCAGGUCGAGCGCUUGAGCGUAUUGGCCAUGUGUCCAAGUCAGUGAAAGGAAAGGCAUCAUUGCCCUGUGGUUAUACGUUUUCUGCUAAAGAACUGACGAAGCUCCGAGUCUACUGGCAAAAAGAUGACAAAGCGGUGCUGAGUUACACCCCUGAGGAGAGAGAAGUGUGGCCCCAGUAUAAGAACCGGACUGUGCUUGACAUCCCUAACAACUUCUCUCUUAUGAUCAUGCCCCUGUUCCUGUCGGACAGGGGCAAAUACACCUGUGUCAUUCAAAUGUCUGAUGGAGGACCUUACAAACGGAAACACUUGGCUUCUGUGAAUCUGACUGUCAGAGCUGACUACCCAGUCCCUAAUAUAACUGAGCUUGGGAAUCCAUCUGCGGACAUUAAAAGGAUAAUGUGCAUAACCUCUGGAGGUUUUCCAAAGCCUCACCUCUCCUGGUUGGAAAAUGGAACAGAAUUAAGUGGCAUCAAUACAACAAUUUCUCAAGAUCCUGAAUCUGAGCUGUACACUGUCAGUAGCAAACUGGAUUUCAAUAUGACAUACAACCACAGCAUUGUGUGUCACGUUGUGUAUGGAGACUCUCAAGUGUCGAAGAACUUCACCUGGGAAAAACAUAAGGAGCAUUACACUGGCAAGUGUCUACUAUACUAUACUACUAUAUAG